AAUUAAAUUAAAAUUUAAAAAAUUUAAAAACCCCCAAAAAAAUUAGGGCUUUUUGAUCUUGAUUUUGAUUUCUAUCUGGAAUUAUAGGUACAUAUACCUAUACGUACAUAAAUUCUGUAUCUAUAGUUCGAUUUCGUAAACUGUAGGAGAUCUGGUUAAGAAAAAUUAAAGAAAAAGUUACUGAAUUUGAUAAUUGAUAAUGGAGGAUGUGGAAGAUGAUCUGCAAAAGGCGUUACGGAUGAGUAUGCAAGGGGAAUCGCCGGAGCCGAAACGGAGUAAAGAUACUCCUGCCGCGGCGGCGGAUGACGUGUCGCCGCGGAGGUUGCAGAGGGAGUUGAUGGCUGCCGCUGCCGAGAAACGAAUGAUGGCGGCUUCGGUAUCGGCUGCUAGGGAUGUGAAUGUUGGUACUAGUAGUAGUAGUGGUAGUGGAAGUGGUAGUGUGGUGAAAAAUGUUGCGGUUUCGGAGACGAAGAAGGCGGAAAAGCGAGUGGAGCCGGAAGAGAAAAAGAGGAGUUUGGGGGAAGAGUUGUCGGUGGAGGAAGCCGAGAAGUUGUUUUCGAUGGUGUUUGGGAAUGAGGUUAGCAAGGGCAUUCUUGCACAAUGGAGUAAUCAGGGGAUUAGGUUUAGUCCUGAUGAGGAAACAUCAAUGGGCUUGGUUCAGCAUGAAGGUGGUCCAUGUGGUGUAUUAGCAGCUAUACAAGCAUUUGUUCUUAAAUACCUCUUGUUUUUCCCACAAGAGCUAGUUAAAGCAUUGCCAAAUUCACCAUUGAAAUCAGUUUCAAGAAGAUUGCAGGAUACUCAAGAUCCCGUGUCAAAUAUCUUUGGGUCCCUAACUGAAGAAACAAAAUCGAGAGCCUUGGUGAGGAGUAUGUGUGAGAUAUUAUUUCUAUGUGGAAACAAUAACAGCGCGACAAUUGCAUCUCUUAGGAUUCUUGAUUGUGAGAUUGAGGGUAAAGAUGAAAGCUCAAAAGAUGAGAAUGUUGCAAGAUCUCUCGAAGGCCUUUCAAUAGAAUCCAGCAGUGAUCUUCAGAAAGUUUUGACAGUUUGCACAUUCACAUCUCCCACAAGUGCAAUGCAGAGACUUGAAGAGAUGAUUCCAAUAUUUCGUAGUCGUAUGGGGGCACUGCUAUUUCUGCUGUCUGCUUUGCUCUCUCGAGGACUGGAUACUGUUCAAGAUGAUAGGGAUGAUCCAACCCAACCUUUAGUUACCGCUCCGUUUGGGCAUGCUUCGCAGGAAAUUGUCAACCUUUUGCUUUCUGGUAUGGCCGUUGCCAAUGUUUUUGACGGAAAAAUGGACUUAGGUGGUGGCAUGUUUGUUAAAGGUAUUCUAAGAUCCGUAGAAGUUGGAUUUCUUACUUUACUAGAAUCCCUCAACUAUUGUAAAGUCGGACAAUCAUUGAAAUACCCAAAGUGGCCUAUUUGGGUUGUGGGAAGCGAGUCUCAUUACACCAUCCUAUUUGCUCUCGAUCCUCACGUUCAAGAUGAAAAUGAAUUUGAAGGGAGAGAAACGACAAUCCGUAGAGCAUUCGAUGCACAAGAUCAAAGUGGUGGUGGUGGUUUUAUAAGUGUAGAAGGGUUCCAUCAAGUUCUCAAAGAUGCAAAAGUGAAUCUUCCUACUGAAAAGGUCAACCAUCUCUGUGGUUCGGGAUUUAUUGUAUGGAGUGAGUUCUGGCAAGUGCUUUUGGAUUUAGAUACAAGUCUAGGAGGAUUAAAGGACUCGACAGGUUUGAUGGGCAAAAAGGUCUUCGACCUUUAUCAUUUUAAUGGGAUUGCUAAAUCAGUGACAGGAAGCGAGAUUCCCGUACAAAGACCACGACUUACAAAGUUGCGGGUCUCAGUUCCACCAAGGUGGACCCCAGAAGAAUUUAUGGCUAACGUGUCACUACCUGGCUCUAGUUCGGGAGCUGAUAGUUCAGGGAGCAAAGAUGCACUGGUUGAAGUGUCAAAACCUGAGCGCACUCAACAUGCUCCUCUGGUGGACUGCAUUAGAACGCGGUGGGCUCGAGCCGUUUGCAAUUGGGAAGGGGACCCACCUAGCAUAGUUUGAUGAAAUUUCAAUUGUGUGGGUUUGGCUUCGAAUUUCAAGAGAAAUUAAACAUAUACAUAGAGGGGAGAUGAUUUGCUUAGUUGCGACUGUACAAUAAUGUGGACUGUCAAGUUGCGAGACGGGAUGGGCCAUUAAAAGUUUCUUCAUGUUAGUGGCAAAUCUGAAGCUGAAAAAGCUGAGUUGACUUGUACUUAUGCAUUGAUAGCUGUAUGUUGCUUCAGGCGUGAUAGACCUAUGAUUACCUUUUAAACUCAUUUUUAAACUGCCGAUUUCUCAAAAUUCUGGGUUUUUUUGUGGCAACUUUUUUCGUGUUAGUAGCUCGAAUUCUUAUUGGUGAAUUAUCUUAGCCUGUCUAGUUAUUGUUGUCCCGAUUAAAGUUGGACUAACUGUAAAAGAAUCUGCUUUUCAAAAUUUUAUGCAUACCAUUUUAAGAUUCUACGA